AUGAAGCCCCCCGGGGCCGUGGGAACGCUUCUGCGCGCGCUUGGCCGCCGCGAUGGCCCCGACACGCCGAGGCCGUCCCCAGCCGCCCCCCACGCGUUCCGCGAGCGGAGCCUGCGCCGGGGGGCGCCCUGUGGGGGCUGCGGGACCCCCCUGGGACCCCACGGGCUCGUGUGCAGAGUUUGCAAAGUCGCCGCGCACAAGAGAUGUGAGAGCAAGGUGACGUCACCGUGCCAACCUCUGCCCCCACCGGAGCUGAGGCGGAACACGGCUCCGGUGCGGCGCAGCGAGCGCGUGGUGAGACCCCCGAAACCCCCAAAACCCCCUCGACUCACUGACACCCCACCCCUCCCCGGCUCCUCGCUCGACAGCGCCCCCCAGCGGAGCACCCUGCCCAGGACCCCCCGCGCCCCCAGCCCCGAGGCGUCGCCCCCCCCCCAGCUGGACCUGGCGUUCGUGACCGAGCGGAUCCUGAGCGUGGCGAUCCCGGGCGGCGGCGAGGGCGCGCCCGGGGGGCACCUGCGGCACCUGGCCAAGCUCCUGGGGGCGCGGCACGGCCCCAACUACACGAUCUUCAACCUCUCCGAAAAGCGCCGGGACCUCACACGCCUGAACCCCAAAGUGCUGGAUUUUGGGUGGCCGGAGCUGCUCGCCCCCCCGCUGGAGCUGCUCUGCUCCGUCUGCAAAGCGCUCGAGGGGUGUCUGGGGGGGCACCCCCGCAACGUGGCCGUGCUGCUCUGCAAGGGCAGCAAGGCCCCGGUCGGGGUGGUCGUGGGAGCGUUUCUGCACUACAGCGACGUGUGGGGCAGCCCCGAGCAGGCGCUGAACGCGCUGAGCAUGAGGAGGUUCUGCGAGGAGAAACUGGGGGGGGUCCUGCAGCCCUCCCAGCGCAGGUACACGGAGGAUUUCGGGGAGCUGCUCUCGGGGCGGCUCCGCCUGAACAGCUCCCCCCAGUUUCUGCACCACGUCCUGUUGCCCCCCUUGCCCGGCUAUGACCCCCCCGACGGUUGCCGCCCCUUCCUCAAGAUCUACCAAUCGCUGCAGCUCGUCUACACCUCGGGGGUCUACAGCCCCCCUGCCUCGCAGUCGCUCUGUGUCACCCUGGAACCGGCGCUGCUGCUCAAGGGGGACGUCAUGGUGCGCUGUUACCACCGGCGGCGAGGGGGACGCGAGGCGGUUUUUGGGGUUCAGUUCCACACGGGGACCCUGCGCGGGCCCCGCCUGAGGCUGCGCCGGGACGAGCUGGACCUGGCCUGGCAAGACCAGCGCUUCCCCCGCGACGCCACCGUUGAGUUCAUCUUCUCCUCAGGCCCCGAGAGGGUUGAAGGCUGGCUCCCCCCACGCAGCCCCCCUGCCACCCCAAUCGAUUACGGGGUGCAGGACCCUGCAGUGCGGCGCGACUCCUACGAGGGGCACUGGGACAGCCCUGAGGAGCCCUCCCACACCUGGGGUCCCCUGGAUGGCAGCCCCUAUGCCCGUGUGCAGAAGAAGGGGGGUCCCUCCCCCCCUGCAGGGGACUCUGACUCCCCGCCCCCACCCGGAGCCCCCCACGGACGCCCCCCGCCCCCCACGGCUGCUGAGUGCCGGGAGCUGGAGCAGCUGCUGGGGGGGUUCGGGGUGCGGGGGGACCGCGAGACCCCCGGCCCGGGGGAGGAGCCCUGCGACACCCCUGAACCGCUUGGGACACCCACAGCCUAUGGGACCCCUGAACCACUUGGGACCACGGCACCCUAUGGGAAUCCAACAUCCUACAGCACCCCGAUAUCCCAUGACACCCCCCCAUUCCAUGAGACCCCCGGAUCCCACGAGAUCCCCCCAUCCCAUGGGAUGCCGAUGUCCUAUGGGACCCCAAUAUCCCAUAAGACUCCCCUAUCCCACGGGACCCCCCUAUUCCAUGGGACCCCUGCUCCCCAUAGCCCCCCAGCAUCCUGUGGGACCCUAACACCCCACGGCUUCCCCACAUCCUGUGCAGUCCCCAAAUCCCAGGGGUCCCCCACACCCUAUGACACCUCAAAACCCUACAGGACCCUCGUGUCCCAUGAGACCCUGACACCCCAUGGCCCCCCAGCAUCACAGGGCUCCCCAACUUCCUAUGGGACCCUGGCGCCCCAUGGCCUCCCAGUAUCCCCCGGGAUCCCAAUAUCCCAUGGGGUCACAGUGCCCUAUGGGACCCCAAUAUCCCACAGGACCCCAAUAUCCCAGGGGUCCCCGACAUUCCACGGGACCUCGAUAGCCCAGGGGUCCCCGACAUUCCACAGGACCCCGAUAUCCCAGGACACCCUGGUGCCCAAUAGCACCUCAAUAUCUCAGGGGACCUUAACAUUCCAGGGGUCACUGGUGCCCUACAGCCCCCCAGCAUCCUAUGGGACCCCAGCAUCCCUGGAGACCCCAACUCCGUAUGGCACCCCAACAUCCCAGGGGUCCUCAUCACCCUAUGGGACCCCAAAAUCCUAUGGGACCCCACCAUCUCAUGGAUCCCCAACACCCCAAGGUUCCCACACUCCCCAGAGCCCCCCUCCAGCCCAGAAGUCCCCAAUGUCUUACAGUCCCCUAAUGUCCCACGGGACCCCAAUUAUCCAUGAGACCCUAACACCCUACGGGACUCCCACAACCCAGGAGACCCCAGACCCCCACAGCCCCCUGGCAUCCUACAGGCCCCCAAAACCCCACGGCACCCCAGCAUCCCCUGGGGUCCCAAUCUCCCACAUCACCCCAAUAUCCGAGGGACUCCAGGCCCCCCAUGGGACUCCGAUGUCCCGUGGCCCCCCUGCAGCCCAGAGCCCCCCGGGAGUCCACGGGACCCCCUCACUCCACAGCCCCCCAGCAUCCCAUGGGAUACCAAUAUCCCACAGCCCCCCCGCAGCUCACAGCCUCCCAGUAUCCCCCAGCCCCCCGAGCCCUUGGGCCCCCCCCAGCCCCUGGGCACCCCCGUGCCCUCCCCUGUGCCGCCGAGCCAGCCUGGCUUCCCCCCGAGACACCCCAAAACGGGGAGUGCAGCGCUCGCUCUCCGAGGGGUUCCCUCCGUGGGGAGGCUACGGGCGUCCAGUGACGGGGGGGUACCUUCUUUUGGGGGGGCUCCCGCCCCUCUGCCCCUGCCAGGACUGCCAAGGCUGGGGGGGCAUCUCCCCGCUCCCCACCCGCCAAAUUUAUGGCGGGCAUGGCUGGGGGGGCCCCCCGGCGCCGCCUCUGGAGCCCCCAAAUUGCCCCCAUUGUGGCCGCCCCGGGCUGGGACUGGAGAGGGGCCCCCCUCCCGGAAAGGGGGGCUAUGACCCCCCCGCCAUGGGGGAGCCCCAGGAGCCGGCAGGGCGGCGCAGCCCCAUUGAGGGGACGCCCUGGCCGGGCCCCUCCCGCGGCCCCCCCGAGUCUCCGCGGGCCCCCUCCCCCGGCAGCGGAACGCCCGGCUCGCCCCCGCCCCCGCAGCCGCCCCUGCCCGAGAAGCGGCAUCCCCCGGCCCCGGGGGGGCCCCGGGACCCCUCCUCACCCCAGCGCAGCCCGGGGGGGGCCCAGGGACACCCCCCGGCGGGGGCGGCGCCGGGCGGGACCCCCCCCGGGGGCACCUUCGCGCAGGACACGACCAAGUUCUGGUACAAACCGGGGCUGUCCCGGGAGGAAGCCGUGGCGCUGCUCAAGGCGGCCCCUCCCGGCUCCUUCCUCGUCCGCCGCAGCAGCAGCUUCCCGGGGGCGUUCGGGCUCGCGCUCAGGGUGGGGGUCCCGCCCCCCCGCGCCACCGCCAGAGUGGGGGACCCCCAGGAGCAGCUGGUCCGGCACUUCCUGAUCGAGACGGGCCCGCGGGGCGUCAAAAUCCGGGGGUGCCCCGAGGAGCCUUACUUUGGGAGCCUCCCAGCUCUGGUGCUGCAGCACUCCAUCACCCCUAUCUCACUGCCUUGCACCCUCCGCAUCCCCCAUGCAGAGCUGCAGGAGGAGCCCCCAGACCCCCCAGGACCCCCCAACGUCAGCACGGCCGGAGCCCUCCUGAGGCAGGGGGCAGCCUGCUCGGUGCUGUUCCUGGGCUCAGUGGGGACCGAGGCCCUGACCGGGCCCCAGGCCGUGGCCAAGGCCGUGGGGUCCCUCCUGGAGGGGGCCCCGAGUGCGGAGGGGUCCCCCCGGCCCCCCCCCAGCCCCGUGCACUUCAAGGUGUCAGUGCAGGGGAUCACCCUGACGGACCGGCAGCGCAAACUCUUUUUCCGCCGGCACUACCCCGUGAGCAGCGUCACCCACUGCGGCACCGACCCCCAGGAGCGCAGGUGGGCGAACCCCGAUGGGACCGUGGCCAGGAUUUUCGGGUUCGUGGCGAAGCAGGCAGGGGCCCCGGGCGGGGGCAACACGUGCCACGUGUUCGCGGAGCUGGACCCCGAGCAGCCGGCAGGAGCCAUCGUCACCUUCGUCACCAAAGUCCUGCUGGGGACGCGGCACUGAGAGACAGUGGGGACCCCCUGGCACCCCAAAACCGUCUGGGGACCCCCAAAGCCCCCUGGAACAGAGGGGGUUCAGGGGCACCCUCAAAAUCCAGUGGGACUCUCCCCAUUCUUCACCAAGGUCUUGCUGGGGACACGACACUGAGGGACCCCCAGAAUCCCCUGGCACCUCCAAAGCCAUCUGGGGAUGCCCAAAACGCGCUGAAGGGGAGACAGGGGGACAUGCACAACCAACCCCCCCACCACAAUCACCUUCAUCACCGAGGUCCUCAACACCCCCGAAACCCCCCAGACACCCCUGAUUCGAGGGAGCACAAGGGGACCCCCAUAAUCGUCCUUCCCACCACAUUCAUUACCAAAGCUCUACUGGGGACUCCCAAACUCCCCCUGAGACCCCCACCCAGAGCCCUCCAAAUACUCCCCAGACCCUCCAACCGCCCUUGAAAGCCCCCCAAAACCUCCUACACCCCCCCCAACGACCCCUCAAGUAAAGAAGGAGAGGCUGGUAGAAAGAAAGAGGCAUAGGAACAGCCCCCUGCAAUUUGGGGGAUCCUGGAGGAACCCAAAUAAAUCCACAUUUAUUUUGGUGUAAGAAA